AUGGGUGACGCUUCAUCUCCACCGGGGGUCGUUGCAGGGAAGGCAGCGAUGCCGGAAGACUCGUCUCCUACUCUCCUCCCCGUCAGGAUCUUGACUCACAACGUCCGCUUCGCGACCGACACCCCCAACAAGAGCGAAAAGCUGUGGCCAGACCGCUUCCCUUACCUUUCGAGCCACUUCAAGUACCACACGCGCCCGCACUUCGCACCCCAGGCAACGCUGGUGUGCAUGCAGGAGGUCCUGCACAGGCAACUCUUGGACCUGCACAGUCGCACGUUCAACACCUCGACGGCGCUGCAAGGCUCCAGUGACGACAACGACUGGACCUACGUCGGGGUGGGCCGCAACAACGGCAAAACCAAGGGGGAGUACAGCCCCAUCUUCUUCCGCAAGUCCGCGUGGAAAUGCAUUCACUUUGAAACUGUCUGGUUGAACGAGACGGGCGAGGUAGGCAAGAAGGGCUGGGAUGCCGACAGCAUUCGGAUUUUGACGUGCGCCGUGCUGGAAUCGGUCCUCGUCGGCAACAACAACAACAACAAUGACACUAGGGACCACGGAUCUUCAACAGCUGCGACCACCUUAUCGAGUACCCCAGGAACACAGGGCAACCAGCUCAUCCUGGCCAUGAACACCCACCUGGACAACGAAGGCACAGUCUCCCGUCGGGAAUCCGCCAAACUGAUCCUCCGGGUCGCCUCCCGGCUCCGCUCCAGGUUCAACCCGACCUUCACCUUCCUCUCCGGCGACCUGAACAGCCACCCGGACGGCGACGCCUACGAGGUCCUCAACCAGCCCGGGUCCGGGUUCGUGGACACCCGCCGCCUCGUCGGGUCAUCCGGCGACGACAAACCCCACAAUAACGACGACGGGAAGAUCUAUGCGUACGGCAACGAGCGCACAUUUACUGGAUUCCCUGCCGAUCCCGCCGCCGGAGGCAGGGAGCGAAUCGACUUUGUGCACCUGGGUAUACCCACCCAGGGCGGCCAGCAGAGGGAAGACCACCACCACCAGGACGAGAGCGUGGCACCGCGACCAGGAGAGGCACAUUCUUACGAGCAAAUCAGGGAAAUGGUCCAGACGUACGGGGUGCUGCCUAAUCGCUUCGAUGACAAGGUAUGGAUGAGCGAUCACCGGGGCGUGGUCGUGGAUGUCCUUGUGCGAUUUUGA